GGAGGAACCAGUCAGGAGCUGCGGAAUAUACGUAGCUAGGCCUGGGAUGCUGACAUUCAUAUUUGGUGUAACUUUCCACCGAUAAGCUCAAUGUCACAUUCGAAAUAAAAGCAGCAGAACGAAACAACAACAACGAACAUUGAGAAGAUUUGUUUUAAAACAACUGACGGAUUCUGCUUUGUUUUGCCAUGCCUGUGUCCUCCCGUAUAUUUUUUACAGCCAUUCGCAAUGGAGAAAUCAGAAAGUUAGGCACCUGUGCCUUCCACAGCCACAAUUGGAAUCCGUGUUGCUUUUUGCCACCACACUCCUUGAAAACAUUGCAUGCGCUGCUGAAAACAGCUAGCCCCACGACACUGGGGUCCAGUAGAUCAAUAAAGGACAACUCUCCGUGGUAUAUCAAGACUCAGAGCUACAUAACUACUUCCCAGCAGUACUACAAUCUGACUCCACCUCAAGUCAACAGCAUCUUAAAAGCAAAUGAAUACCACUUUAAAGUCCCAGAGUUUGACGGGAAAAAUGUGAGCUCAAUUCUGGGCUUUGAUAGCAGCCAGCUGCCAGCCAAUGCGCCCAUUGAAGACAGGAGAAGUGUCGCCACCUGCCUGCAGACACGGGGAAUGCUGUUUGGGGUGUUCGAUGGACACGCCGGAUGUGCCUGUGCCCAGGCGGUGAGCGAAAGGCUUUUCUAUUAUAUUGCUGUCUCUUUGCUACCACACGAGACUUUGCUAGAGAUAGAAAAUGCUGUGGAAAAUGGACGAGCCUUAUUGCCCAUCUUGCAGUGGCACAAGCACCCUAAUGAUUAUUUCAGUAAGGAAGCUUCCAAGUUGUACUUCAACAGUCUGCGAACUUAUUGGCAGGAGCUCAUUGACCUGAAUACUGGAGAGCACCCAGACAUUCAAGAGGCUUUCAUUAAUGCCUUUAAGAGGCUUGAUAACGAUAUUUCCCUGGAAGCUCAAGUCGGGGAUCCCAACUCUUUCCUUAACUACUGGGUGCUUCGAGUAGCAUUCUCUGGAGCCACUGCCUGUGUUGCCCAUAUAGACGGUGUUGAUAUACAAGUUGCAAACACCGGAGAUGGCAGAGCGGUGCUUGGGGUGCAGGAGGAAGACGGCUCUUGGACUGCAGUUACAUUAUCGAAUGAUCACAAUGCACAGAAUGAGGAUGAAAUCAAACGUAUUCGAUCCCAGCAUCCAAAGAAUGAGGAAAAGACUGUUAUCAAACAGGAUAGAUUACUAGGCCUGCUAAUGCCGUUCAGAGCAUUCGGGGACGUGAAGUUCAAGUGGAGCAUCGAGCUUCAGAAAAUGGUGCUGGAAUCUGGGCCUGAUCAGUUGAAUGAGAAUGAGCACACAAAGUUUAUCCCCCCAAACUACCACACUCCCCCAUAUCUCACAGCCAAGCCAGAAGUCAUUCACCAUCGCCUAAGACCCCAGGACAAAUUCCUUGUGCUGGGCACAGAUGGACUGUGGGAGACCAUGCACAGGCAAGAGGUGGUGAGAGUUGUUGGAGAAUAUCUAACAGGUGUCCACCUCCAGCAACCCAUAUCUGUGGGAGGGUACAAGGUGACCCUGGGUCAAAUGCAGGGCUUGUUGAUGGAGCGAAGAGCAAGGAUUUCCUCUGUCUUUGAGGAUCAGAACGCUGCAACCCAUCUGAUCAGGCACGCAGUGGGCAACAACGAGUUUGGAGUGGUGGACCACGAACGACUUUGUAAAAUGCUGAGCCUGCCUGAGGAACUGGCCCGAAUGUACAGGGACGAUAUCACCAUUAUUGUAGUGCAGUUUAAUUCUCAUGUCAUUGGUGCACAGAGCAAGCCAGGAGGAGGGGAUUGAACUUGGAGAGCUGAUUGAUCAGAUUACCAAAGUUGAAAUGCAGACUUUUUCUGCACAACUAGCAUGAAUGUAUGUGGAUUUACAACACAUCCACUGCCUUGUCCUGACACAGCUGAAUGGAGUGGCUGCUGUUGAAACUCAGUAAUAUGUCCAGAAUGCUCCAUUGUUUUGGGUGAUUUUUCCUGAGACAGCUGUUGCUGUACUACCAGUGCAACAGCAGAAACAAGUUUUAGAUGCAUGGGUGAAAGCUUUCACCUGUAGACGGAAUUCCAUCAAAAUGGCCUCUCCCAUGUGUAUUUGUAUGACUUGUGGAGACUACAAAAAAUGAUUAAUAAUUAGACUAUGUAGUUGUUAGAUUAGUUCAUUUUUAUUCUGUAUUAAGUGAUAUACAUUGAAAAAAGGCAAGAGAGAAGGAGACAUGUUUCUAAUAAGGAAGUUAGUAGGUUAAUGUUGCUACUGGGACAUGAACAGGUUUAAGUUCAACACCAACUGUAAAUACAUUGUUGUUACUGUAAUUAAGUAGGCUAGAAUCAAACCCAGAUUAACCAAUGAGCACGAGGUGCACUUGUGCAGGGCUCCCUGCUCGAAGGGGGGCCCGGCCACUGAUAAUGGAAAAAAAACAAUACGCACUCAGACACCUUUCCGUUUGUCCCUCUGGGGCUGCCACCGUAGUUUAGUUACGUGCGUGAAAAUAAAAACGAAGGCACUUACACGUGUAGGUUUGCAAGGACAUCCAGGCAAUUUGGUGCACACGCACAUAGUAACCGCAGAGCAACUUCAGAGCCGCUGAAUAUAAACCAAGACAGACGCUGUUUCCUUUAUUAAUUGAAGAAUUGUUACCACCUAUUUUUAAUACAAUGCUGAAGAGUUGUGUGGUUGUUGGAUGCCGCAACCCGUACUACAUGGAAGACGAGCGGCAGUCAUUUUUUUUGACCUCCGGAGAGGUGUUUAAGCCCAGAUAGAAGGGAUAAGUGGCUUCCACUAGACUCAAGAACCAUUUGCAGCAAACAUUUUACAGUAUACACUAUAAAUUACAGUAAUACACAAUUAUAACUUAAACCAAAAAAAUAAGCACAAUAUUGUAACACGUUAGUAGUUUGAAGAUUAAUUUUAGUAAUAAGAGCAUUAUCCAUUCAUUUAGUCAAUGUCUUUUUUAGUACUACGUACUAGUUUACCUACAUUAGCAUCAGGUAGUGCAAGAUUAGUGAUAAUCAUGGUCUGUGAAACCAUAAGAAAUCACCCCCGGUUCCUAGUGUAACAGGUAGGCCUACAUACCCAAAUAAAAGAAAAAAAAUACGGCAAAACACUCAGCCCAAAACAGCGUUAACUUGGGGGCAGCGCUAACCUUCUAUCGCUAGCCAGCCCUCAGGUUGUCGUGCCAAAGCUGGAUAGACUAGGGUUAUCAGACAGUCAGGAACACCCACAAACAGGGCACACAAUGAAGAGCAUUACAAAUUAAAAACUGAACAACAAAUGAACAAUAGCAAUCCCUGGUGGGACACCACUGAUAUACCCUUGAGCAAGGCAGUAUUAAGUCCUAGCUGUAAUUAGUAUUAAUAUUAUUAUUAUUGUUUUUAUUAUUAUGACCCAGAUAACGGCCGACAGGUUGUAUGGGCAUUGCUUUAAACCUAUAAUACCUCAUUUUAGUCUGUAUCUGUUUUUUUUUUUUUGGUCAUGUAGGUUGUCAACAUAAUUAGCAAUGUCCACCAGUCGUAUGUUGCACAGCUUGACAAUGUUUUUUCUUUUUUUUUUUUUUUUUUUUAAGUGGCUGCCGGUUGCUAUGCGAAAGUCACUUGACUCCGCACGGACCUAUAUCAGUGUUUUAUUUUACAACGUCUGUUGCUCGAAAAUACAAAAGCGGUUCUGCCAAAAGAAAAUUAAUGAAAGAAAAGCAACAGUGGGGCAACGAGCUCUUCAGCAAAAUACCUAAACUGAGCGUGUUUUUUAGUCCACCGGUAAAAGACACUGACCUUGGAACAUUUUCACCUGGAUUUGCCUUGAGCUUGUACUGAUUCACUGGGUACCCUUUCGCAGAGUAACGACAUUCUAAGAAAAUAGUCCUGAUUAAAAAGCACAUGUAAAGAGAAAAACAAAUGUGUUUUUAUUGACAAAAUCGUUUUUGUUUUACUUUUUUGUUUAGCUUUUCAAACCCUUACUCUUAAAUAUGGUGUACAAGAGGAUGGAUUUUAAAUUUAAUUUACAGUUGGUGCUGGAAGCCGAUUGGCUGACAGUACUCAAUCGUUCUAAUUUAAAUUUGUUGUAUAAAGUGAUAUCAUUAGUUAUCAUUAUCAUUAUCAUUAGUAUUUAUUUCAUUUCUGUCCUGGUCCAGGCAGGAUGUAAAACAGUUUACACUAUAGGCAGUAAGUAACAAAUAAACAAGUAAAUUAUAUGUUUGUGUGUUCCAUGUUCCUAUGCAACACACACACACAAAAAAAGAAGCUGGCAUUUUUAAGUAAACAGUCGGCUAGCUUCCAGUCGGUCAGCCAGCCAGCUUCUUCUCAAGUCUCACCAAGAAUGUAAAGUAAGCUUUGAAGUAUUUUAAACAAAAUGUUAUUUAUAUAUCUAUUUAAUUUUAUUCUGUAUUACUAUUCAUUUAAAAUACAUUUGGGCUAUUUUUAAAUCAAUUUUUGGCUGAAUUUCUCAGAUUUUGGUUGAGUUCUUGGCUACAAACAUCAUACAGAUCAAGGGCCCCAUUUAUGUUAGUGCACAGGGCCUCAGAAUGGGUUAAUCUGGGCCUGGCUAGAAUGUUUAUUCUUUUCAUUAAAAAGCGUGGUGUUCUUUAUUGAAAGACAUUUUCAGCUCAAGUCUCAUGUUGAGCAUGUUGUGUACUACUCAUUCAAUCAAACCAAGUAGAAAUGUGCUUAAGAUGUUUUUCCAAGUCAAGUAAAAAUGACAAUAGGGCCACAGUCCUCCUUUUGUAGCCAGCGUCAUCUUUCUUUAAAGACCUGGAAUCCUGGAAUAGUAAGGUGAUUAAAGAUGUUUCCCUUAUACUCUUCCCAUCGCUCUGCGCACUGUCAGCCCUUGUUAAAGAUGUAAAGCAAUGUACCCAAUCCAAAGCAAGGGCAAAGCUUGCCCAGAUAUUUAAAGUAUAAAUAUUUUAAAACUAGCAGAAAUGACUUGGCUACAGUAGCAGCAGUUGCAUUGUUGUUUUAAGGAGGCUGUGUGCUCCAGUGGUUAAAGAAACAGGCUUGUAACCAGGAGGUUCAAAUCCCAGCUCACUCCCUGACUCACUGUGACCCUGAGCAAGUCACUUAACAUACUUGUGCGCCGUCUUUCAAGUGAGAAGUUGUUGUAAGUGACUCUGCAGCUAGCUACACCCUAGUCUCGUAUCUUGUCAAGCGAUUUCUGAUGGUGGUC